CCACCAAUACGGCCGCGCGAUGCACUCUCCGGUCAUCAAUUCCAGUGUCGUGUGCUGUGAUGUCUAGUUUUUUUUUCAAGGCUAGAGCAAUGAUCCUCUGCCCAGUCAUUAUUCUGCCGUCGUCGCUCGAAGAUGGACCGUUUUAGCUGGAUCUCCUUGUGCCUCGCGUUGAUGUUCGCGUGUACGUCGCAUCGUACGUUCGCCAAAAAUAUAACCUGUUGGGAGCUGCCCUGUCGCCAGAAUAGAUACCACUUUGAUUGUUGCAUCCGAAAUUUGGAGAUUGAUGAUGGGACUACGAUAGAGAGUGCCAAUUUCGCCAAGCAACAGUACAUCCUGUUGGAGGACAGCAACAUCUACACGGUGUCCCCGCAGUUAUUCCAACUGAUGACGGAUGCUAAGAUGCUGGAAAUUACCGGAGGGUUCGUCCCGUGGGUUUAUUUGAGACCGUCGUUAACCAUGCUCACAAUUACCGACAGUCAAACGAAGCAGAUUUUCAUCGAUCCGGAGCAGAAAAAGUAUCGACUGAUUUGGCUGGAAGUUCGAAACAUUACCAUGAAAGAACUCCCGCAAAAUCUGAACCAACUACGAGACCUGGAGCACAUCGGUUUGGUUGACUCCGGGUUGGAAUUUCUGCUAAUGGAUCAAUUCGACGGUUUGAACAAGCUGGAAGAGCUCAAUCUCUCCGGGAAUAACAUCGCACGAAUUUACAUUAACUUCCCGAUGAGAAUGCCAUCCCUUCGGUGUCUUCAGUUGAACGACAACCAGCUGACCGCGAUAGACCUCAGCUAUUGGCACAUGCCCGAGUUGACGUCGUUCGACCUUUCCUCGAAUCAGCUCAAGUACAUGGCGCACUACAAUAGCAAUCAGUUUGAAAAGCUGUGCGCCAUCAAAGCGGAGCGGAACAAAUGGAACUGUAAGUGGCUGGAGGAAUUUUUGCACGCGUGCUUCCACUUCAAGGGUUACGGGUUUAGCGAACGGCAGGUCGAAUGCGACGAGGAUCUGGAAUGGCGGGAAAAUUGCUGCUACGGAAAUGAAACCGACGAUGGUUAUUUGGAGUACCUGAGGGAGAUACAACUAAUUUGACGGUGGGAGCAAUGCUGAAAUAGGUGUGAUCAAAUGUUUUUGGUUCUUAAAAUUGUAAAAGUGUUCAUUUUUGGCUUCUAAAUAUUGUAGGGAUAGUGUAAUAAAUACAGACAGAAUCUG